AGUCCAUGAGGAAAAACAAUCUCUCACAUCCCUGUGAGUGAGUGUGUGGUUUGUGGUGUGUGUUUGUGUGUGUGUGUGUGACCGUGCAUAAGCAUAGUGGGGGUUGUCAGCUGUCGGACACUUUAGCAUCCAAUGAGGCCGAUCGGUUUUCAACUCUUCUUCAGUCUUCUAGUGCACUUCAUAACAACCAUAUCGGAUUAUAGUCAAUAAUGAAGGUGCAUGCUUUCGUACGGUAGUGAUAUAAGAGCGCCGAAGUGAGUGAUGAUGGAAGAGCUAGGAGGUGCGUCACCGUCACCGAGGGAUGUCACGCAGAUGCGAGUCUGCACAGAGUUGCAGGUCACAGGCACAGAGGCGUCGCCCAGCUGAGGACGCGGUCCGGUCGAGCAGCACCAGGAGGAACAGGAGGAGGUUGUGCAGGAACAGGAGGAAGUUGUGCAGGAGCACGACCUCCACCAGCCUUCCUACCAACGUCUGCGCUCCUUCAGCAUGGGAUCUUUCAACGGGUUAAACGGUGAGUGCGGCGGCGGCGGCGAUGGAGGCAGCGGUGGCGGAGGCGGCGACACGUGGGUGAGCGGGGGCGGUGGAGGGGCCACUAUGAUGGACGGGUGGGGCUCGAUGCCGCCUCCGGGUCUGGAGCAAAGCUGUCAGUCGCUGUGGCCGCCCCCGGACGAUAUGGCCUCCUUCUCGCUUCUCGACCUCGACCCUUUGGCCACUCUAUUCCCGCCAACCACCUAUAAUGAUUGCUGCGAUUGCAGAUCAGAGAUGGGAGUGGGGGGAAUGGUGGACUGCAAGCAGCAGCAGCAUCAGCAGCACCAGCAGGGAGACAUGGCGGCUGAUGUGCUGCUCAGCCUCAAGCAUGCAGUGGUGCACCCCUCGGCGGGAGGGCUGCAGUCCCCCGGGGGCAGUCACCACCACCACUACGCCGCCCCUCCACCGCCCCCGCCAUCACAGGCCUCCCUCUCAUACACCGUGCACCCGCAUCAGAUGGCGGUGUCGAUGUCUCCGGGAGGUGGAGGCGGGUGUUAUGGCGCACAAGGCGGUGCACAGUUCGGGUGCGACCAGAUGUCGCCCAUGGCACAGGCGCCCCCCGCACCCCCCUACCAGUUCCCCAGCAUGUCCGUCAAUGUCAGCAUGAACAUGACCAUGCACGGCUACCCACCGUGUCCUGUCUCCUCGGUACACGACCAAAUACCUCAAGUGCAAUGGACACCAGCCGGGGCAGUGGCAGGAGGCAGCAACCUGUCACCGGUCUACCACCAGAGUCCGCAGUACGCGGGGGCCACCUACUCCUUCACGGCCGACUUCCGAGCCCCGCCGCAGCCCGCCCCCGGCCCCCCCGCCACUGCACCUCCGCCUCCACCGGAUCCCUUUGCCGCCUGCUUCAAGGCGCCGCCUAUGCAUCCGCACUCCAAGCCGCCUCCCAGCCACCACCUCAGCAAGCGCACUACUAAACUGCUCGCACCCGAUUCACCCCCGCCGUCCGAUCAGGUGGAGUUGGGUAGGCCGAACCAGUGUCGCAUCUGCGGCAAGACGUACGCGCGACCGAGCACACUCAAGACCCACCUACGCACGCACUCGGGCGAGAAGCCAUACCGCUGUGACGACUGCAACAAGUCCUUCAGUCAGGCCGCCAACCUCACCGCUCACGUCAGAACCCACUCGGGCGAGAAGCCGUUCCGGUGUCCGAUCUGCGCGCGCCGCUUCUCGCAGUCGUCGUCGGUGACGACGCACAUGCGCACGCACUCGGGCGAACGACCCUACCGCUGUCGGCUGUGCAAGAAGGCCUUCUCCGACUCGUCGACGCUCACCAAGCACCUUCGCAUCCACUCCGGCGAGAAGCCCUACCAGUGCAAGCUCUGCCUUCUGCGCUUCUCGCAGUCGGGCAACCUCAACCGCCACAUGCGGGUGCACGGCGCCGCCGCCGGCGUCGGUCUCGGCCUCCUGGGGCCCGCGUGACCCUGGCACGCCGUCUGCUGUCAGCGCAACUGUUGGUGCGGACAAUGAGUGCGUUCUCUAGGCAGCAAUCAAUGAGCGCGAACUAUAAAAGUGUUGACAUGGUAACAUACUGCAUUUGGAACUAUCUCUGGGGUGUGUAGGUAGACACAAUGUGAUAAUACUAUGUCAUAGUAUUAUACAUGUAGUCUACACAACACACAACUAUGAGUGAAAACAUGGUACCGUAGGCCACCUCAUGUGAAGCAAUUAUCCAUUUUAAUUAUUGGAACCAGGCAGAAUACACGUUAAAAGUCUUCAACACAGUUGCUAUUCGAACUCUGAAACUGGUGCAAUCAUUUGAAUAGAAUGCCUUCAGGAAGAACUUCUUUUGAAGCACAAUAAUAUUAUGCACCAAGUGAGAAAAGAAAUGUAGGAAGGCCGAGGAAAAGAUUUAUUUAUUUAUUGGAUAGAGCAAACAAUACAAUAGUCGGAAAAGAAAAAACAGGCUAUUGCCCAAAACUUUUUCAAUGAGUACCGGAGCAGGUUAAUAAUCAAUAGACCUAACCCUUGAAGUGGAGAAGAAGAAGAAUUAUUGGAGCCAACCCACAAACUACCAGGUACCAGGCAGCAUUUGUAAUAUAUGUUUCUGUAGGACAUAAAUUGUGUUAUACGUGUAGAGUACACAACACAAAACAACGCGUGAAAGCAUGGUAUCCUACCUCACAGGCAGCAAUCAACAAUUUUAGUGAUUGGAACCAACAUACGAACUAUCCCCAUGCAGGUAAACAUUCUGUAGGCAGCUAUCUACCAUUUCAAUAUGGGUGCGAACUACAUAAUUUCAAGUGUUGACAUGGUACCAUGAAGCAUUUGGAGCUAUCUCUAUGUAGGUAGACGCAUUGUGUUAUACGUGUAGUCUCCACAAUACACAAUGAGUGGAAGCAUGGUUCUACCAUAGGCCUACCUCAUCGGCAUAAUUAACAAGUUGAAUGCUUGAAAACAAGACAGGAACUAUAAUACCAUGUGCUACUAACAGUAAUUAUUCGUUGGAGUUUUAGCAAUGUGAUUUAUUAUAUCACAGUUUGUUAUACGGUCUAAAAAUAGGCUACAUACUACUAUAUCAAUGAGAACAGUAGUUGGGUAGAGAUAACAUAUCUCAAAGUGGUCGAUAAUUCAUUUUCUGUGUAGUAAUAAAGGUGAUAGAUAACUAUAUUACAUAAAACUAUGAUACUUGAAUUUGUCAAUCCAGUUCACUGGAGUUUGAUUUAAGUGUAACAACCGCAAGAAGUCGAUGAAUAAGUCGUUUAGUUUAAUAUGGUUAUAGGCCUAUCAUUUUUAGCCUUUUCAUUUUUAGCCUUGUACAUGGGUAAUGGAAAGGAUGGUGAUGAUAAAUGAAGAGGAACACGUUUUAGGUGGUUUCCGAAUUACUGGGGAGUGGAUAUGAAGCUCAUAAUUCUCAAUUAUGAGAGAUUAUUGAACCUCCUGUUGCAGGUAGUCUUUCAACCACCGGGAAGUGAUUCUGGAAGAACAUUACCGGGUGUGUUAAAAUAGAUUGUUGGAUACUUGAGUUGUUUGUUUCAAUUUUUAGUUGAGAACAGAAACUGUUCACUACUCUUCGUUAUUUCCCUACCUCAUUAACUUGCUUAGAAAACAGUUGUUUUUGUGCUGAACAAUAAUUUAAGUAAAAUUAUCGACAGCUCGUGUGAAUUGUUGAAAAUCGUAACAUGUUCGCCUAAUCCUGGGGACUAAUCAAUUGUGAUCAUGGAUUUCAUUGCUGGUCCUUGUGCUAAUUUAGAUUAGGAGUAGAAAUAAUGAGCUAUAGUGAGGUCCACGUUAUAAUGACAGCAUUUGAUCAACUUUGGUUUUGCUAUCCUUGUCCAUCAUUCGACAUAGCCGGUGGUACUAUCCUUUUCUAGGUCUACAACGAUGCCAUUAUGUUUUUGACAGUGUAGAAAUAUAAUUAAUUAAUGCAGAGAAUCGGCAUCGCUAUUCUUCUAUCUUUAUCCAUUGCCAUUAUAACGUGGACCUCACUAUAGAAGCCUGUUUCAUUGAAACUUGGAGAUCACCUCUGUUGCGCAGGUUAUUUUCAAUUUAUAAUAGAGGCCCUAAGAUUUUAAAUUGUACCCUACUAAUUUUGAGCAUGUUGAACCAUUCAACAAACGAUUAAGAUCAAGAUGAAUUGAAAUAUUUGAUCUCUCCUUAAUCAACGAGCUGAAUAGUCAUAGUUUUCUCAAUAUUGUGUUGUUACGAUAUGCCUAUUCAUUGAAGUAAGCCUUAAAUAGAACCCUAGUUUUCAAUGUACUGAAAGAAUUCAUUGUGUGCCUGUUGUAAGAAGAUUGUUUAAAAAUAAGAAUUGAUACUAUACUGUAUACUAGGACUAUCUAAAGUCUCAUUUGUAAAUAUGUACUUUUCCAUUGAGUAGCCUAAUAUUAUAAUUAUUAAGACCUAAAAUAUAUAUGAAAUAAUGGUUAAGCUAUUAAAUUAGAAAAACAUAUUUGGAGUUUCUGAAAAAAUCUGUAAUGCCAUAAUGGAAAUCAUUAGGUUUUAUCUGACCUUUAAUUGAAAAGGUAAUCGAUUCACCAAAGGUUUACUGAAGAAUAAUGAAAAAUUGUCAGUGAUGAUGACAACACAUUUUUAAAGAGUAGGUUUAUGAGUUAAUUAUUAAAGAAUGAGCUGGUCAUUCCAAUUCUCAAUUUCCAGCUUAAAUUGCAGCUGAAAAGAUACGGGUCCAAAAUUUGAUUAAUAGAUGUUUUAACAGUAGAAAUCUAGAUUACACAGUGGUAACCCAAUUAUUAAGUUAUUUUAAUGAAUCAACAUUUUCAUCAUUGUCUAAAGGGGAAUUUGUCGUAUUUCACUAUUCAAUUAUUUUAAUUUUUGAUAACUUUUGAUGCUGGUAACUAAACAAUCCUCAAGCGAACUUACUUCAUUCAGAAACGGUCUAGUCAAUAAAAGUAUAGAUAACUUAUUGUAGUAGUUUUGUAUUGUUUCUGUGAUAGAUUGAUUUUAAUAAAAAACGAGAAAAAA